AUGAGGCCUUUUUUCGAAUUACUAACAGCGACACACGACACACGACACACGACACACGACACACGACACACGACACACGAUACACGACACACGACACACGACAUACGACACACAGAGACAGUCUACCUUAACGCGCAUCCGAAGCUAAACAAGACUAUGAUCAAUUAUGCAUUCCAACUCGCGAGCAAGCUUCGUAAUAUAUUGGAUGCCGAGCGCUAUUGUAGCGACAUUCCUACCAUGCUUUAUGUUCCCGAAAUAGAAAGGCAGUUGGAGAGACAUAUGGGGAAGCGAGCUAUGUCUCAGCUUAUACCGUCAUCUGUCGCAGAAGUAUGUUGUACCUAUAUAACUUACUCCGCCCCAAAUCCAUCUCCCAUUUCUCGCUCGCAAAGCGCCGACUAUCUCAACCUCUGGGAUAAUUCCCAUCACGAUAUCCCGCAAGCCAUCCCGUAUAGCCUGCCACCAAUACCAACUAUAAGACCGGAAGUGUCACCGCCUCUUCAUCGUCGGCAAGAGCAGAAGGAAGACUAA